AUGGCAUCCUUCAUGAAGCCUUUAUCUAUAAAUGAAAAUGACCAUGACAUAGAUGCUUCUUUGGAAAAAGAAAAAGAAAAGCUCACGGCUGAUUUUCAGAAAGCAGUUCAAGAGGAUCCGCAUUCGUUAAAAAGACAAGAAUUCUCUGCAAUUCCUGAUGUGAAAUGGGCAGAUGAAUUUGGAAUGAAGCUAGAGACAGGUUUUCUGCUCUAUGGCCCUCCAGGGUGCGGUAAAACAUUGAUCGCGAAGGCUGUUGCUAAUGAGGCAGGAGCUAACUUCAUUCACAUUAAGGGCCCCGAACUUCUGAAUAAAAAGUGGGGAGAAAGUGAGAAGGCAGUUCGGACAUUGUUUAGUCGUGCAAGGGCGUGCACACCGUGCAUACUUUUCUUUGAUGAGGUGGAUGCUUUGACAAGAAACCGAGGUGAACAAGGAGGAGAGAGUGUUGAGAUUCUAUUGAACCAGCUACUUGUAGAGUUGGACAGUGGAGAGAAGCGGAAGGGUGUAAUUGUAAUUGGUGCCACUAAUAGACCGGAUCUAAUGGACCCUGCCGUCUUACGACCCGGAAGAUUUGGUAAGCAUAUGUAUGUCCCCCUGCCCAAUAAAGAUGAGCGUGGCUUCAUCUUAAAAGCUCUUGCAAGGAACAAGCCUAUAGAUUCCAGUGUCAAUCUAAGUGAGAUUGGACAAAGCGCUUGUGAAAAAUUUACUAGAGCUGAUCUUGCUGCACUGAUGCAUGAAGCUGCUAUGGCUGCUGUUGAAGAGAAACUAACGUCACUUGCGAGUUGGGGUUCAUCUCCAUGCAUAAUCAAAGAAACUCACUUUGAGCAAGCACUGGCGAAAAUCACACCCUCUCUAAGCGACGAGGAUUUGCUAGACUACGAGAAUUUCCGAAAGCAACAGGGCAAGUGGACUUCAAAAGGAGAAAAUAAGCAAGAAGAGAGUAAACGCAUAGAGACAAGUGAAAUUCGAAAGAGAGAGAGAGAGAAAGAGGAGACGAUGAAAGACUCGGACUCUGAAAUCUCCUCAAUGAAACCCAGCAACAAUAAUAAUGCUGCCAAGCUCACAAAGCCUCCCUUCGUACCAGCCAAAGACGACACCAAACCUGUGCUUCAAGACCCAAUACUGAGGUCUGAUCCGAUUGAGACAGAGGAAGCUGUGCUUCGGUUGCCUCCAUUUCCUAUUAACAGAUCAAAAAUUCCUCCAUCCAAAAUGAGUUGA